AUGGACGCCCAAGCCUACCUAAUCAAGCACGGCUGGUCCGGCCCGGGCAACCCUCUGAACCCAAACCGACGACCAGGCGCACACAGCGGACUAGGCCUCACCAGACCCCUCCUGGUAUCGCGCAAAGCCAACAAUCACGGCGUCGGCAAGAAGACAACAAAAGACCCGACGAACCAAUGGUGGCUGCGCGGGUUCGAAGAUGCGUUGAAGGGCGUCGGGAACGACAGUUUCGAGGCUAACUCCGCGCGCGAGAACAACGCAUUGACGAGCGAGCUAUAUCGGCAUUUUGUGAGAGGGGAGGGGUUGGCUGGUACGCUUGAAGGGUCGGAAAAGAAGGAGCAUGAGAGCGGGACGUCUACUUCUACCUCCAAGUCGAAGCGGAAGCGGGAGGAUGGGGAUGAGGGCGAUCGCAAGGCUAGGAAAGUGGCCAAGGCUGCUCGGAAGAUGGAGAAGGCCGAGAGGAAGGAAGCGAGGCGUGUGAAGAGGGCUGCAAAGGCCGAGAGGAAGGAGAAGAAGAUUGCUGGGAAGCUUGCGAAGAAGGCUUUGAAGGAGAAGAAGAGGACUGCUUCUGAGGAGGAUUAUCCGACUCCUACAUCGAUUGAUCAGGAAUCUGAUCAGACUGGGCCGGAGACGACCGAGACUGAUGAGGCUGUUACGCGACUAAAGGAGAAGGCGGCGGAAAAGGAGAAGAAGGAGAACAAGAAGUCUAAGAGCAUAGAAAGUGAUGUGAGCGCGGAAGACUCAAAAAAGAAAUCUAAAAAGGAGAAGAAGGAUAAGAAGGAGGCUAAAGCCUGA